AUGUCGCAAGACUUGUUCCCCGGUGCUCUCGCACAUCCUCCUCCUUCCCGUCUAUUGCCUUGCAACUCUCUUCACGAUGGCUCUUCGUUGACCCUCCCUCCACCCGCACCGACAAGAGGCCACCAGCGUUCUCGAACUGCUACCGACUUGCCACCCUUGUUCGCCCGAGCGUCCUCCUCUUCACCAACAAGAUCCUCCACAUUCCUGCCAUUUCUUCGCCCCCAAAGUACCCGAUCGUUGUCUCCAGAAAGAUUGCCUACCCUAGAAGCAGGCUCCAUUUCCCAGCUCCCGUCCGAAGCACCAGUACCAAGGAAGUCGGGAGCGGUUGAGAAACUAGCAAGCUGGUUUGAUGGUUCAUCCGAGCCUGUCAAUAUCACCCUGAUCCCGUCGCCUCGAAAGGAGAAGCUGGAUCCUAUCGAUGAGACUGGGACAAUGGAGAACUUAUUUUCUGCCAGUCAGGAUUCUCUAGACACAUUUACGAGAAAGCCCAAUAGACCGAGUCUGUCGGGCCCUGCUCCCCCCAACGCCUCGAGGUUUAGCUUCUUCCGUCGGUCAACAGUUGCACAACCUUCUCUAGACGGUAUUGACUUGGACGAGCUGGCACACCUAGACAUCCAAGACGCUCUCUUCCCACAUGGUCACCCGGAUGAGUUCUCACCUGCCGCAUUCAAGAAUCUGCAACUCAAUGCUGAAGGGACAUUGCGCCGGUUCCAACAAGCCUACUUGGAUCAGCAAAAGUCGCUGAGGUCCGCCAUAUCCGACAAAAAUGUCCAAGCCGAUGAGCUGGAGGCCGCGCAAACGAGGAACGAGCAUCUGAAACUUCAACUCCAGGAGAUGGCAGAGAGAGCGGCAGAGCAGGAAAAGGCCAUCGCAGACCUCAAAGCACAAUUGGCAACACAGCGACCAUCCCAUGAAUCGCGCCAAGCACCACACCAUGGCAUCAGAUUGGUUGACCAGGACUGCGAGCUUGACUUGAGUUCUCAUCCCAAAUAUCGCAGGAACCGUUCUUCUGAUAUUUCGACUUUGGCAGAGUCUGAAGCCGGUUCAGAUGUAAGCUCGGUCGUGAGUGUGUUUUCGGAGGCUGUGUCUGCCGCACCGUCCCAGGCGACCUCGGUGUCAAGCGCCACCAACAUGGGGUACACCAGAGACAACUGCCCCCGGUGUCACGGAGUCAGUGAAUCGGAAGCAUGGGACGUGGUUGGCAUGAUGAAACUGGAGUCGGCGGCAUUAAAGCAACGCAUCUCGCAACUGGAGAGUGCUCAGGAUGAUGCCUUGGAUUUCCUGAGCGGACUCAGCUUGUCUUGA